UAUUCCGCUUCCGGCUCACCAGCGUUUCUUGCCGCACGACGCUUUGUCUGCUGUGUUUUGUGUUUCCGCUUCCGGUUUUCUUGAGCGCUCCGGAGCAGCAGGCAGAGAUGGCGUAUCGCGGGCAGGGUCCGAAGGUUCAGAAAGUGAUGGUGCAGCCCAUCAAUCUCAUUUUCAGGUACCUUCAAAAUAGAUCGCGGAUACAAGUGUGGUUAUACGAGCAAGUGAACAUGCGUAUAGAAGGAUGCAUCAUUGGAUUUGAUGAGUAUAUGAACUUGGUGUUGGAUGAUGCAGAAGAAAUCCAUCUGAAAACAAAAACCCGGAAACAGCUUGGUCGUAUUAUGUUGAAAGGAGACAACAUUACUUUGCUUCAGAGCGUUGUGACUUGACUUCAGUUUUUUUUACUUGGUUAUUUUUUUUUUAUUUUUUUUUUAUACACAACUUGUUUAGUGUGAAGAUCCUAAAUUAUGCCACAUAUGUUAACUGGGGACUGCUGUAAUGUAUUGUUUUGCGAAGAACCUGGAAUAGUUGUGUAUACUUUUUUUUGUUUUUUUUUUAAUAAAUUUCUAAUGCUGA